CCAAAAAAAGCACACACCAACCCGAUUGGUCUUCCCCUUUCCUCUCACAGUUUACAAACACGACUCGUUUCCCCAACUCGCUUCAAAUCCGUCGCUUUCCUCAGAGUCAACUCGGUCGUUUACUCACUCACUCCUAUCUUAGUGUAUUUGAGUUGCAUGUGGUGGAUUUUCCAUGGAAGCAGUGUUGGUGGUUGAAGGGAAUGAAGAAGGCAAGUGUGAGGAGAUUGGGGUUGAGAAAAAUAGCUCUGAACUGUCUUCUCCGAAGCAGAUUGUUGAUCCUGUUGUUUACAAGCUUGUUCGGCAGGUUGAAGGUGAUGGGAGAUUAGUACCAGCAACAGAUGAUGAAGCAAUGGAGGUUGAGGAUUUUCUUGUUGAUGAGCAGAUUGAAUUGCCUGCUGUUAUAAAUACUGGAAUGGUUGAGCACAUUUCUAACGAUUCUUCAUCUGGGAAGCCUGAGAAAGAAAGCUCAGACGGUCUGUCAGCUUCAGAAGGCACAGAAGCUCCUGCAAAGAAUGCACAAUUUGAGGAAUUAGCUUCUUUAUCAUCACUUAGCUUAGAUGCCAGCCACAUUCAUGAUUCUGGGACAAAAGGGGAGUGCGUAAAACAUCCAGAUGGAUCAAUAGAAAGCAUAUCAUCAGCUUCUGCUGUCUGCACUAGUUCAAAGCCCGAUUUUUAUGCAUCAAACAGGGUGAUAUGCUUGGACAACCUAUCAACAGGGGAACUUCAUAAAUUAUUUAGAGCCACCUUUGGGCGAGAAACUACUAUUAUGGACAAAUUCUGGCUUAGAAGGAGGAUUGCAAUGGGAUUGACUAAUUCUUGUGAUGUUUCAACCACAACUUUCACUAUUAUGAAUAACAAAUUGGUGAAGAAGGGAAAAAAAAAUAGUUUGCACAAUGCUCAUCAUAAGCACACUGAGGGUUCUGAUGGUGGAGCCGAGAAUCUUGGGUAUGAAGAUUCACCAGCAAGCCAUAGUUGUCAAUUGGAAAAUCAUCAAGUUGUUUCAGUGAGGAGGUUGAGAAGCCUUAGUGAAAAAGAUUAUGGCAGUGAGGAUCAUAUUACAGAUCACAGAGCUGCCAAGAGAGUUCGGAAGCCCACUAAGCGAUAUAUUGAAGAACUUUCUGAAGUGGAAUCAAGGGAUCAUAGCCCAAAAGUGGCUAGUACUGCUAAAGCUUCUGGACAUGAAGAGACAUGUCCAACAUAUUUUGCAAGGCCUCUUAGAAAUGUCUCUUCAAAUGAGAGGACUAUAUUCACCAGGUUAUAUUCUCUUGGUGGAUCUGGGGUCCAGGUUCCUUAUGUUUCUCGUGUUCGAAGAAGCCGUCCGAGGGAAAAUAUCAUGGCUCUUAUGAAUUUCAAUCCAAAUGGAAUGUGUGUGACUGAUAAUCUGGUAAAAGAGACCCUAGAUGUGUGCACUUCUCUUCCAGAGAGUGACUGUGCAGACAAAGUUUUGAAAGCCAGAUCUGCUUCUGAACAGAUUAAGCCACUGUUUUCUGCUGAGCCAGAGAAAGACAAGCGGCGUUCUGUUAUAGGCACAUAUGAACAUGGAAAAAAAUUGCGCUUGAAACAGACAGAUUCAUCUGAUGAAAAUUCAGAUGAUAGUGUAGCUGCAGUUCCCAUGGUAAAAGGUGGGAUGAGAAGAAAACAUCAUCGAGCUUGGACUCUUGUUGAAGUUAUGAAAUUAGUGGAGGGUGUCUCUAAGUGUGGCACUGGCAGAUGGUCUGAGAUCAAAAGGCUUUCAUUUGCAACAUUUGCGUAUCGUACUUCUGUUGACCUUAAGGACAAGUGGAGGAACCUGCUGAAAGCUAGUUUCGCACAAACACCUCCUGAUGAUGGGUCGCGGAAACAUGUUGCAGUGCCUAUCCCAGCAUCAGUUUUGUUAAAAGUAAGGGAGCUUGCUGAGAUGCACUCGCAGGUACCUCCAAAUCUAGGGGCAAAGAAGCUGGCUACUAAUGUUACUCGAAGUGUGCAUCAUACAAGAUCAGGCUACCUGUAACAUUGUAUAUAAAUAUAGUUUUGCAAAUCACACGAGGUACUAACAACCCUCUUUAUUCUCUGCUCCAUCCCCGUAUUUGCUUGUUACACUUGGUAGGCUUGAUGCUGGUUAUGGAUUGCAGGCUGUAGGCUUCAACAUUGUAGUUUUCCUCUGAUUGUGA